UUCUCUGCUCAUGCCAACACACAUCACAAUACUGAUGUUACGUCGUACCAAUUUACUUUCUUUGUAAAUAUUCAUUCGUUCUUUGGUGGUCAACAGCAAAUUUUAAAUUUCGAAUAACGAAGACGGUUAAGACAACACUUGAUUUAAAAAAAUACUAAAGUUCUACCUAGAUUCUGAUUUAACGAUGGACCAAGUGAUAGCGUACGAUAAAAGUCUACACCUCCGUCUCCAAGAAUACGAGGAAAUGUUUUCUGGGUUGGAUAAUGUACCCUAUUCUAAAUUGCAAUCUACAUGGGCGUACUAUUUGGAACUUACUAUGGACCCCAACGGGUGGCAAGCUGUGUGGAAAUUGUCGAGACUCGCGUGCGAGUCUCUUAGUGUACCAUACCCUACAGUGGUUUUGAUAUAUGUGUUAGACAUUGAUUUCUCGCGGUUGUUGGCAUUAGUUAGAGUUCUUGCGGUGCAAGAUGAUAUAUGCUUGCCCGAGAAGCAUCACGUGCCUCUCGUGGAGCUGUGGCCUACGAAGGAGCAAGACAAAACAAUAGCUUUGAAUUUAAGUUCAACAGCCAAUGUCUUAGACAUGUUACGGUUUUUCUACAUUCACCUCGUAAUGCCAUGGGACGAAGAUGAAGACGUGAACGACUGGAAAAGUGCUCACCUUAGUUCCCGUCUGCGUUUGUAUUAUGAUUUAAAAAAUGGAAAAAUACCCAAAACAACUGCUGAACACAUUUAUGCUCUUUUAAAUGAAGCACGUCGAUUAAAUAAAAAGCGGCGAGCUCUAGAAUCAGUUUGUGACGAAUUUGACAGUGAUAUUGAGCCAAGCAAUGAGGAAUCUGAUGGUAAUGUUAUGAAUUUAAUUGAGAUUAAUGUAAGACUGAUCGAAAUUCAAAAUGAGGUAAAUUUGCUAGAAAAUGAAGUAUUUAGGCAAGUUAUUGUUAAAAGGCAGAAAGGUUUGAAAUCACAAAAGAGUAGCGAGGUAGAUGUGUCACGAAUUUGGUUAAUCUUCAAAAAGGGAAAGGCAAAUGAAUACAUCAGGUUCAUCCAGAAUGUUGAGCAGUUAUACCCUGAUUCAACUUUAACUUUUUCAACUGAUUUUAUGGAAAAACUAGAAUCUGCCAUUAUAGGAGAGACAAUGCUGUUGAGCCCAAAUCAGCAUAUAAUAAGUGAUCAGGGUGCUCUUAUAGAAGACUUUAUAAUUAAGGGCAUUGGUGACAAUACUGAAGUUAAGCUGGUCUCAGAUGUAGAGGAUGUAAUGCUGGAUUGUGUGGGAGAUGCCUCUAUCAUAGAAAACUUAACCAUUGAAUCAAACUCGGCCAGUUGUGCAAUUCUUGUUCGUAAAGGCAAAACAACUAUCCGAAAGAGUCGAAUCCUUGGCAUAAAAUCACAAUCUGAUAAUGAGGGAAUUUUGGUGCUUUCUGGAGCUGAACUAACUUUAGAAAGCUGCGAAGUUUCAAACUAUUUAAUGGCGAUUGUUGGGAAUUCUAAUUCGAAAAUUACUCUAAAAGGAUGUCAGAUUUCUGGGGCCAAUGUAGGGUUUAAGAUUUUCGAUGACUGCCAAGUGGAAUUAAUAGAUGUGGAAUUUAAAGAUUGUCGGCAGUAUGGUAUACUUUUAGAAACUGAAAGAGAAUAUCCUAUUGAAAAAGGGGUAGAAAACUUUGAAGCAUUGAAUGGGGUGCCCCACGUCCGAGUGGAAAAUGUCAGAGGGAUUAACAAUUCCCUAGCCAAUUUAAUGUUGAGGGAGAUCAAAAUUAAGGCCACAGGCAAUCUGUUCGCCAAUCCAGAUUCAGAUCCCACCAUAUUGGAAAGCUCGUCUGAAGAUGAGAUGGACACCGGCGAAGGUCUUAAUAGCACUGUCCUCGAGAACGGAAUCUAAAUUAAGUAUAAGAUUUUUUUUUGUUAUUUGUAUAGAUCUUUAUCUUAUUUUUUCUAUUAAAUGUUUUGUGCUUACAUUUAUUGUUUUUGAAAAAUAAUACUCCGUGUAUGAAAAAAAUAUAUUGCCUAAAGUGAAUCAUGUACAUAAAUUAUUAAAAUACAAACCUAAAAAUAACCCGGAAAUAUGCUCGGUUAUUUGCGCAAGUGUUUAUUUGUUUUUCUCUGAUUGACAGAAAUAAUUGCUUAUCGGAUUUUUAAAUUAUUGAAGCAAUAAUAGAUGUAUAUAUCCAGUGUCCUGCAAACAUAAAGGUAUUGAACAUGGCACUUUACACUUUAGAGAUUCUUUGUAUAUAUAUAUAUAUAUAUAUAUAUAUAUAUAUAUAUAUAU